AUGGAUCCCGCGCUGGAGCGCUCCUUCCGCGGCCACAAGGACGGCGUCAGCUCCGUCUCGUUCAGCCCCACCAUGAAGCAGCUCGUCUCGGGCGGCCUCGACGGGACCGUGAUGGUCUGGAACUUCAAGAUGCAGAUGCGCGCGUUCCGCUUCGUCGGCCACAAAGCCGCCGUCACCUCGGUCGACUUUGCACCGUCCGGCUCGCUCAUCGCCUCGGGCUCGCGCGACCAGACCAUCCGGCUGUGGGCGGCGAACGUCAAGGGCGAGAGCGUCUCGAUCCGCGCGCACACGGCGCCCGUCAACUCGGUCGCGUUCUCGGGCGACGGGCAGCAGCUGGUCACGACGUCGGACGACAAGUCGGUCAAGGCCUGGUCCAUCCCGACGCAGCGCUUCAAGCACUCGUUCUCGGGCCACACCAACUGGGUGCGCGACGCCGCCUUCUCGCCCGACGGCAGGAUGCUCCUCUCUUCGGCCGACGACAAGACGGUGCGGCUGUGGGACGCGCGCUCGCGCGCGUGCAGCCACACCUUCUUCGACCACUCCGACAAC